AGUGAACGAGUAAAAGAGACCACCAACAAACGAAUUGAACGGAAAAGCCACCGAACAUGGCCACGGCAGUGAAAAUAUCCAGCAAUGAGGUCGAACGAUUGUGUCAGCAAUAUUUUGGUCAUCAGGGGGUCACGGAAACGGCAAAUGGAGGAACUUCUGAAAAUUUAAAUCUCAAUGUAAUUCGCUAUCAGUUGCAACCAAUUUCGGAUAGCCCAUCGGGAUUUUUUGGCCAUCAUCAUUUUUUGGUGGUAGAUGUCCAGGUAACCACUCACAGUGAGAAUGGACGAGAUUCAAUAGCCUUUAAUAGAAUUCGCUUCUUCACCAAAGCGGCACCUGUUGGGAAUGUCGCACACAUGGAGUAUUUGGAGGAAUUUGGUGUUUUCCAAAAGGAGAUAAUGGUCUAUCGCGAUGUCUUGCCCCGGCUGCAGAAUAUAUGUCCAGGAAUUGCUCCAAAAUGCUACUAUGCCGAUAAUCAUCUUUUGGUGUUUGAAGAGUUGCAGCAUUUGGGUUAUAAAAUGGCCGCUGGAAGGGAUGGCCUAUUGGAUUAUGAGCAUUUGCAGAGUGCUGUUAAAGCCUUAGCCAGCUUGCAUGCAGCCUCAAUUGUGUUUGAGGUCAAGCAAAAUGUGAAAAUUAAUCAAAUAUAUCCCCUGGCCAUCAAAGAGGAUGCCUAUCCAGAAAAUCUAGAUCCCAAACAUGUGCGCUAUCAGAAUUUUGUUAAUGGCAUUGAGGUUUUUGGGGAAUUGAUUAAAGCAAUGCCUAAAUAUGCGGGUCAAACUGGUUACAUUUUGAAGAAUUUAAGACCUAAAAUGUCAAUUAUUUUUAAACUGGCCCAACCUUCCACGGAAUUUCGCAAUGUCUUUUGCCACGGUGAUCUGUGGGCCAAUAAUCUCAUGUACAAACAUGAUGGAAGUUCACUACAAUGCCGCCUUGUGGACUUUCAAUUGUCGCGCUAUGCCCCGCCUAUGUUGGAUUUAAUAACCCUCCUAACCAUACCCACCUCACGUGAAUUUCGCGCCAAACAUCUGAUGGAUUUGCUAAAGUUGUAUUAUGGUUUUAUGGGGGAAUUUUUAAAACGUGAACAGUUGAAUAUUGAUAAUUUCCUAAGCUCUGCGGAAUUUUGGCACACCUUUGAGCUAUAUCGAAUUUGUGGCCUGAUUGAAAGUUGUUUCUUUUGCCAUUUCAUUGUCUUGCCACCGGAAUCGACUCUAAGCUUGACAGCCUCCACGGAUGGCUUCAGUGAUUUCUUUGCCCGCAAGCGAGUGGAGAUAUGUCUCAAGGCAUUCCAUAACGAUGACAUCUAUCACCAGAGACUCUCCGAUAUGCUGGAGGAUUUUGUAGAUAAUUAUAUCCUAGAAAAGGGAGGAGGAGAAUAAAUGAAUUUGAGUAUAUCGUUGAAGUAUUGCGAAUCGGUCAAAUCAUAUCGGCCUUUUUUGCUUUAUAAAAAGAGAGAUUCCACUGUAU